AUGACUCUGAAUUCAACCCAAACUGCGCUUAAGGACUCACUUAUCAAAGUCUGGCAAGUCAAUGCUCUUAAGUACCGUCAGGACCAAGCACCGCUAACUGUUGAAGCCAAGGAAUUAGAGCUGAAGGUAAUUGAGAACGAAAUAUCUGAAUUCCCCACUGCUUGUAAGAAGACAUUGAAGGAUCAAAUGUUCCACCACCUGGUGAAAUCAGCGAAAUUGAUAGACCCCUCUUUGCUAGAGGGUACUACGAUUACAGACAAUGAUGAACAUCCUACAGCAAGGCAAAUCUCUGUACUAAAACGAAAACUCCCAAACAAAUACGGAGGACCCCAAUGA